GAGGCGGUGAGAGGUACCCGGACCCCGCAUGCCCGCCGCGGACCCCGGCGCUCGGAGCCACCAGGUCCUGCUAGCAAGUCAUGAUGGUUGAAUCUGCCUCAGAGACGAUCAGGUCCACUCCCUCUGGCCAAAACGGGGUCAGCAGCCUCAGCCAGCAGCCCGAUGGCAGCGGGGGUGGCGGGGGAGGCGGAGGGGGAGGCGGCGGCGGGCGCGAAGGAAGCGGCAGCGGGGAGACCAACGGCGAGAUGAGCCCCGUGGAGCUCCUGCACUUCCAGCAGCAGCAGGCUCUCCAGGUGGCUCGCCAGUUCCUGCUGCAGCAAGCCACGGGGCUCAGCUCCCCCAGCAGCAAUGAGGGCAAGCAGCCAGCCGUGCAGGUCCCCGUGUCUGUGGCCAUGAUGUCCCCACAGAUGAUCACACCCCAGCAGAUGCAGCAGAUCCUUUCACCACCCCAGCUCCAGGCCCUCCUGCAGCAGCAGCAGGCAAUAAUGCUGCAACAGUUGCAGGAAUACUACAAGAAGCAACAGGAGCAGCUUCACCUCCAGCUAUUGACACAGCAGCAAGCCGGAAAGCAGCAACCCAAAGAGCCGUUAGGGAACAAGCAGCUGGCCUUCCAGCAGCAGCUCCUGCAGAUGCAGCAGCUCCAGCAGCAGCACCUGUUAAACCUGCAACGCCAGGGGCUGGUGAGCCUCCCCCCAGGGCAGGGCACUGUCCCCCUGCAGACCCUGCCCCAAGCUGUGUGCCCCUCGGAUCUCCAGCAGCUCUGGAAGGAGGUCACAGCUGCCCAGCCUGUCGAGGACAGCAUUAAGCAAGAAGGUCUCGACCUCACCACCAACACCUCCAACUCUACCUCGUUUUCGGCCGCCAAGGUCUCGCCUCCCAUUUCCCAUCACCCUCUGCCCAAUGGACAGAGCACCAUGCACACGCCGAGAAGGGACAGCUCUUCCCACGAAGAGACCCCCAGCUCCCACCCGCUUUAUGGCCACGGAGAGUGCAAGUGGCCCGGCUGCGAAACCCUCUGUGAGGACUUGGGACAGUUUGUCAAGUAA